CACAUUGUGACUAAAAUGUCUACACAUAAAAAAAAGACCAGGAAGCUUCGUGGUCAUGUAAGCCAUGGUCAUGGACGUAUAGGUAAACAUAGAAAACAUCCCGGUGGACGGGGUAAUGCCGGUGGUUUACAUCAUCAUCGUAUCAACUUUGACAAAUAUCAUCCUGGUUAUUUUGGAAAGCUUGGUAUGAGGAAUUAUCACUUGAGACGUAAUACAAAAUGGUGUCCUACUUUAAAUUUGGAUAAAUUAUGGACAUUAGUUUCUGAACAAACUAGGCUUAAAUAUAAAGAUUCAGAAAAUAAAGUUCCAGUAAUUGAUCUUGUUAAAGCGGGAUAUUACAAACUUUUAGGAAAAGGUCGACUUCCUAAGCAACCAGUUAUUGUUAAAGCCAAAUUUUUCAGUAAACUUGCAGAAGAUAAAAUUAAAGCUGUUGGUGGAGUUUGUGUUCUUUCUGCUUAAAUAUGCAAGAGCUGAAGUCUUGAUUAUCUUGAUUGGUGUGGUCACUGUGUAUUCCAAUAAAUUUAUAUUCUUAAUAAAAUUUAAUAACGAAAAAAGAAAAA